AUGGCUGCAACAACAACCGGUUGCAAUGUGGUCAGACCACAACGCCGUCCGGCCUGCCCCGCCAAGAUACGGGUCGGAUUUUUCUCUGCCCGAUCCAUUAUCCCCGAUCAAGUAUCGUCACGGCCUCAGAAAACCCUAACUCCCAAUCCAUCAAGAUCCGAAGAUAACAGAAAUUCACUAUCCAAUCGCCACCUGAUUAUUCUAUCGUUUCGAAAAAAAGAAAAAAAAAAUCGACAUUUGAUUUUCGACCAGAACUUCAUCCAAGAACAUCUGUUUCAGAAAUUAUGCAAAAGAAAAGGCAACGCCGCCAUGGCUGCAGUAACCGGUUGCGAUGCGGUCAGACCACAGCGCCGUCCGGCCUGCCCCGCCAAGAUACGGGUCGGGUUUUUCUCUGCCCGAUCCAUUAGCCCCAAUCAAGUAUCGUCACAGCCUCAGAACUUUAACCCCCAAAUCCAUCAAGAUCCGAAAAUAACGAAAGUUUACUAUCCAAUCGCCACCUGA